GAGACCAAGAAGAUAAACAUCAGCUCAAGUUGAGGUACAAAUAUUAAUUUGAAGUAUUUUUGGGAAAAAAUAGUGCUUAAAUUCGACCUCCAUGUGACACAUCUAAGUUUUUCCUCUGACAUGCCAGCAGAUGGCGCUGUGGUGAUUCCUCACCACGCUUUACCAAGAAGCGCUUCCGGGGUUGAGUGCGAGCACGUGACAGUUCAAAGGGCAUGCAGAGGUCGUGUUGUGCUUCUCCUCCUUUCCUACAUGUUAGUUUGUUUUCAAGCCAGUCGGUUCUGGUGACGUGAUGGCUUUCCUGACGCUCUUCGUGAGAAGGCAGCUGCCGCGGGCCGCCAGCUACUUCCUGGGCCGGCCGGGCCGCGGCGGAGCCCCGCUGCGGAGGCUGCACGGCUCGGCGCGGCAGCGGGUCGGCGAGAAGGGGCCGUGGGGCAAAAGCCAGCGGGGUCCGGAGCAGCCGCUGCAGCAGUACCACCUCACAGACCUCGACAAGGCGGACGCUUUGAUGCUAAGGAAGUCACAUGAGACAGGGUUCCUGUCGUGGUUCAGGAACGGCUUGCUGGCGACGGGGAUCGGAGUCAUUGCUUUUGUCCAGAGCGAAGUGGGACGGGAAGCAGGAUAUGCUUUCUUCAUCCUGGGAGGCGUCUGCGUGUCGUUUGGCGGCGCCUCCUACGUUGGCAGCCUCUUCGCCCUGCGGAGGCUGAUGCUGCUGUCGGUGCCAGCUCUGCUGCUCCAGGGCACCGUGGUGGGCAGCGUCGCCCUCUUCUGGCUCUGCGCCGUAUCGCUGUACAUCGGCCGCCUGGAGGUGGAGAUCAUCCACGACGACGACGAGGAGGAGGACAAGGGAGAGUGCCGGGAGUGCCGCGAGAGGCAGGAGCAGCGAGGUCACAGAGGCUCCCAGGACAGUGAGGACAGUGGCGGCAAGGGCCAAAACAAAUAGCGAUCUUCCAAUAGUGUGUGUAUGUGUGUGUUGUUUUUUUUUUUUUGAUGCUGUGAUUCAGGGUUUCUGUUAUUUGAAUGUUUGUGCAAAAUGGAUAUGUGUCCAUGUGCAGCUUGUGAGCUUUAAAAAAAAAUGCAAACCUGUCAUUUUUUAUUGUUAGAAAAAAUUAUUCAGGUUUUUAAACAGUUUAAAGAUGCUGAAAAUUGAGAAAAAUCCGUUUAUUUGCUGAAUAAACAUGUUUUUUCUAAAAAUGUCUUUAGUUCAUCUAAAAAUGUUCAUCUGGUAUUUUUUUUUGUUGAUUUUUUUAAACUUUUUUUAUUUGAUGCUUAUGAUUGUCUUUUUGUGCCACUGUAGUCAGUGUCAGUCUCCUCUCUUCUUGGGAGACUGUUUGUCUUAUCAACCUGAUCGGUAGGAUCAAGGCUGACCCUUCACUUUAAGUCUUCAAAAUUACGGGAUAACAGUUGCUCUGUCUCAAAAGUUUUUUUUUUUAAUCAGAGAAAAUGACACUGAGGGCUCAGGUUUUUAUUACUAUUUUACCACUGCAGCAGCACUUUUGUCAAGCUUUGUCUUUUGUCACUGUACUUCCUUAAAACUGUUUGGAAACCAGAUAUUUUUCACAGUUCGUUCUGUGUUUAUGUUUUCGGUUAAAAUCAUGUACAGUACCAAACUAUAUCCAAAAACUUCUGUUUUCAGGUUUUCUAUAAGUUCAGUUUUAAUGGAUGCAAGGAGUUCAUGUUGGUAAUUAUAUUGCAUUUGUUUGUGGAAAACGGGGGUUUACUAUUGUUUACUUUUGCGCACCACAGUGUGCACAACAAUAAAACCAGAGGAAACUGGUUUUAUUGUUGAGACCCAGCAUCAUUGUUUGAUUUUUUUUUUCCUGAUAAUAAAUCCCCAGUGGGAUAUUCACAUUUGAGGUAUAAGCUCUUCUUUUGAAUGAUGGUUGAUUUCUUAGGUGAUCAAAACCAACAUUUUAGCGGAUCUCAACAUUUUGUAAACCUUAUUUUUCAUCUAUCUUGUCUAAUAUAAACCCUGAUGUUAGCAUG